AUGGUAAGCCCACCCGCGCCGCGCAUCUUGUACCGCGCAUACCUCAAGAACCUGCGGUAUAUAUCAGAUCCGCACGUAUGGCGAACACAUCAGCCGUAUUUUCGGUCUUUGGUAGAUAGGCCCGGUGGCCCUUCCAAGCAGCCCAGGGACGAACUCAAGAUCAACGGGUACCUGGAAGCAGCGCCCAAGGAUGGCUAUGAUCUCAAGAGAUCGAGAGGUCUAGCUCGCGCCCACAAGGUGCGACAAGUCCGACCUGAUACCAUUGACCCUGUACUGACAAAGCAGGAGCUGAACAAGCUUCGAGCGGCGGUAGCGUGCCAUCCCCACGCACUCAAGCGGCUUCUCGAGGAGUCAUACGGACAAUGCGGUAGAGUCAGAUGGGAACUCAUCAAUAAUGUGAUCAAAUCCAGCCCAUCUGGGUUUCGGUUGCCUAUCGCCCCCGGCAUACCCCUUCCAGCACCGCUUGCGCCUCUCAAGCCUCCGCCGACCGCACCUCAUCGAGAUAAACCAGCUCGACUGCGGCCUGUACCGGACGUCGCGGUCCGCAAGGCCGCCCAGAAAGCUUCGGAGCGGGACUGGCGCCUUGUUGGUGUGCCGCUCGUCCUGCCUCCCAAUUCUUCGGGAUGGAGGACUGGCUGGGAGGACUUGGGUGUCCUCGCAGGCUUGAGAAUGCUCGCCGGUCUGGACUCCGUUCCGUCUCGCCCGGAUCAUCUAGCAAUCUCGCCCAGCGAUGAUCCCGCAUCAUCUUCUGCCCCAGUAGCACAAAGCUCUCCUCCUCCCCCGCCGACAGCCACCACCACGACGCCCGUCUUAUCAGCCGAGGCAAACCUCCUCCGCCUUCAAGCAAUCUAUCCACCCCGACACCUUCCCCGCCUUCUCCCAACAUACGCUCACCUACCCCUACAUAUCCGCCUCCUCAUACCCCGUCGCCCGGUCCGGCCCCCCUCUCGCGCGCCGGAAGACACCUACCCCCGCCCACGGCCCGGUGAGACGCGGAUGAACCCUAGUACUUGGGGCCCACCGAGGGAGUUUCGGCCGAGGCUGAUAAGGAGGACGUAUGGGCGCUUAUGGGAUAAGUUGCGGUGGGUAGGGGUAGAGGCAGGAAAUGGUGAAGUUGGAGCAGAAGAAAAGUGGGUCGAAGGGAAGUACGAGGUCAUUGUAGGCGGACAAGCGCGGACUACUGCUGAGGGAGAGAAACGCGGGAAGAGGAGAAGGCGAGAGAAGAGCCAGCGACAGCAGUCAUAG